GGGAAGAAGCUAAAGGAAUCGGGUGAGGACUGGAAAUCGCCACAGGGACGGGGGGGAGGUAGUGCCGUCCCCUCGCCGCUUACUUCCGAGAGGUUGCGGCGGCCCUGCGGUACUACUGAGAAGUGAGGGACCAACCCAGAUCUACCACCCCCCCACCCCGCUUCUCCGCCGGCAGUUUAAAUGGCGCUGCGACAGGAGUGGCUCCUUGCCAAAUAGUGAGGUCGGCGCCUGCGCAGUGCGCUUCUGCGGGGACCUGCGGAAUACUGAGCCACAACGAGCGCGUGGGACUAAUCGGAGGAGGAAGACAUGCUGCCAAAUAGUGAGCUCCAGCUGCUGGUGUUCUCCUAGGGGGGCCGGCUGCGGAGCGGGGGGCAGAGUUCGGGUGUCGCCAUCCCCACGCGCCGCAACUGCCGGGGCCGGGCUGCUCUGCCUUCCCCCUGCCGCCCUGAGGGGCUUCUCGGGCUGGGAGUGUGAAGAUCUAGCAUAACUUUCUUCCCCUGAGUUGUGACGUUCUGUUUAAUCUUCAAACUGGCGAUGUCAAGGGUGCCAAGUCCUCCUCCUCCGGCAGAAAUGUCGAGUGGACCCGUGGCAGAAAGCUGGUGCUACACUCAGAUUAAAGUGGUGAAGUUUUCCUACAUGUGGACCAUAAACAACUUCAGCUUCUGCCGAGAGGAGAUGGGUGAGGUGAUCAAAAGCUCAACUUUUUCAUCUGGAGCCAAUGAUAAACUCAAAUGGUGUUUACGUGUGAACCCUAAAGGCUUGGACGAGGAGAGUAAAGAUUAUCUAUCCCUCUAUUUGUUGUUGGUGAGCUGUCCAAAAAGUGAAGUUCGAGCAAAGUUCAAAUUCUCCAUCCUGAAUGCUAAAGGAGAAGAAACAAAAGCAAUGGAGAGCCAGCGAGCGUAUCGAUUUGUGCAAGGCAAGGACUGGGGAUUCAAAAAAUUUAUCAGGAGAGACUUUCUUCUAGAUGAAGCCAAUGGACUUCUUCCUGAUGACAAACUCACUCUAUUCUGUGAGGUGAGUGUGGUACAGGACUCUGUAAAUAUCUCUGGCCAGAACACUAUGAACAUGGUGAAGGUGCCGGAGUGCCGCCUGGCAGAUGAGCUGGGAGGACUCUGGGAGAACUCCCGCUUCACAGAUUGCUGCCUGUGUGUUGCAGGCCAGGAGUUCCAGGCUCAUAAAGCCAUCCUAGCAGCACGUUCCCCGGUUUUCAGUGCCAUGUUUGAGCAUGAGAUGGAAGAGAGCAAAAAGAAUCGGGUUGAAAUCAAUGAUGUGGAACCUGAAGUUUUUAAGGAAAUGAUGUGCUUUAUUUACACGGGGAAGGCACCAAAUCUUGACAAAAUGGCUGAUGACUUGCUGGCAGCUGCUGACAAGUAUGCUCUGGAACGUCUGAAGGUGAUGUGUGAGGAUGCACUGUGCAGUAACCUGUCUGUGGAAAAUGCAGCUGAGAUCCUCAUUCUGGCUGACCUACAUAGUGCUGACCAACUGAAAACUCAAGCAGUGGACUUCAUUAAUUAUCAUGCUUCUGAUGUCAUGGAGACAUCGGGCUGGAAGUCGAUGGUAGUGUCACACCCUCACUUGGUGGCUGAGGCGUAUCGCUCUCUGGCCUCUGCACAGUGUCCCUUCCUGGGACCUCCACGUAAGCGACUGAAGCAAUCCUAAAGUCCCGUCUCUGGCAACACCACGUGUUUUUCUGGAAGCAGCAUCAGCUGUUGCUGCUCAAACCUUGACCACCAGGUAGACAGCGAAAUCUGUGGAGCUUAUACUCUGUUGUUGGGGGGAAGAGACUGCUUCGUGACACCCAGACUUUUUAAAACAGCACCAAGUAACUUGGGGAGAGGGGGGAGGGUGGGCCUGGGGCUCUGGGGCUGUUCAACCUAAUGAAUCCCUGUCGCUGCAUCGUCUGUGUGUUCCCUUCAACUUGGCUGAGUCAAUUAAGUACAGGGUUCGGUUUAGGUGCCGAUCCGUGUCAGAAUAAACCCAGCAGUGGUACUGGGGAAAACAACAUCUGCGUCUGGCAGCACAGAACAAACCAUCAGAUGCCUGGAGCAAGAGGACAUUUUAGUUUUGGAGAGAGCGUUGCGAAGUUAAAAAGGAUUUCCAGUGAGGUUCUGGAAAGGAAGUACCUGAUGGGAGCUCCAGUAGUAUUUAUAUCAAAAAAGAGAAUUUAAGUCCUUCCAGCUGAGCUAAAAACUGGACGUUUGUGUAACUCCUUAUUGCCAUCCAGCAACAAGAAGAUCAGUUUCUCUGUUAGUAGCACUUGUAUGUUAAUUGCAAAAAAAAAAAAAAAAGAAAAAAAAAAAGAAAAACACCUUUUAUAAAGUGACAGGUUGAAGUGAAAGGGGACUGAGAGACUGUUCUGGAGGAUGUGAAUAGACUGAAGGCAGCCUUUGGCAAGUCUGUAUUGGUUUUGAAAGGACUAGAAUAUCCUUGAUUUGGAGCGUGCUGUCUGAUAAGAACAACGGUUACUGUUUUUAGAUAUUGUGGAAAAUGUUUUUUGGCAUUUUUCCCUGCUUUAUUUCCCUCCUUCCCUCUUUUUUAAGAAAAAGAAGAAAUUUUAUUGUUCACGA